UCACCAGGUGCUAUGUAGUAUACACCAGUUACUAUCUGGUGCGCACCAGAUAGUAACCAGAUUUUUUUUUUUUUACUUCGAUGUCCCUUUAGGGGCUCCGUAGUUUUCAAAUCACAAAUUGAUUGAAAAUAUUUUCCAUCCAUCCAUGGAUUUUUUCCCCUCUGUUUAAAGUACGUUUUGAUAUUAUUUUUGGCAUUUUCCCUUGUUCUUCUGUGGUGUACUAUUUUUUCGUUGCAGAAAACAUAGGCGUACAAUGCAGUGGGAUGUGGGACAACGUGACCUGUUGGCCCACUGCUCCCCUCGGCCAAACAGUUUCCAAACAGUGUCCGGAUUUCUUCCAUUCUGAAGGUAAAGUGCAGCGAAACUGCACGGCCCACGGAUGGACAGAACUUUUGAUCCCAUACGAGGACGCCUGCGUCUUCAAUUUCACUCUCCAUAUUCUCAAUGAGUCCCCAGACACUCAUCUGUAUUUUUCCUCGGUGAGGACCGUUUACACAGUCGGAUACGCUCUCUCUCUCAUCUCCCUCUCCAUCGCCAUCGCCAUAUUGUGUCUGUUCAGGAAACUGCACUGCACUCGCAACUACAUUCACAUCCAGCUGUUUCUCUCCUUCAUCCUGAAAGCCAUCUUCAUCUUCGCCAGAGACACGUUGCUGUUUUCUGAAAGUACUUACCACUGCAACUCCUACCCGGUAUGAACACUCCUGUUAAAACCCAUUUAGAGUCAUGUUUUGAUCUAUUCUGAAAAUGUUUUUUUAAUUACAAUUAUGCCAUUUUUAGCUAAAACACAAACAAACAAAAAAAAUAUCGUUUUCUUGGACAUAGUUUCUGCAGAGUCUCAGGAUUUUAUUACAAAUUCACCUCUGAGUCGUGGGCGGGACUGUUGAGCAACUCCAUAACUUCCGAGAAGUGAGAGCUUUCUGUUUACAUGCUCUCCUGCUAGCUUACAGCCGCUAACAUUAGCGGGGCAACAAAAACGGCGAGCAAUAUUGGAGAUAUCCAGCCUUACAGUUUUAAGUCAUAUUCCAGCUUAGACGAGCAAACAAAGACAGAAGUGGAUGUUUUUGUCUACAAGUGGACUUAUUUUAUGUCACACAUACAUCUGUUUCCAAUUGAAGUUUUUCAUCUGCACCUCCAUUUACAGAGGUUUGAAUAAAGAAAUACUCAGAAAAGCAGUUUUAAGCUUAAUUUUCUUUAUAUCUGUCCUGUAACACGAGAAAAGAACGUGAAAAACACCAAACACUAAUUAUUUAUCACAGUGGGUCUUUAGUAAACAUCACUUUAACAACAUUAGUAACAUGUUGUUAACGUUUUUUUACCCAGGUGGCAAAAAUGUUGGAUUUAAAAAGCUAAUGUUAAAAAAAAAAAA